UGAGAGAAACUCACAAGCCUAAUUCUUAACAAUUAUCUCAUGAUACCCAUGGCUAGAUUAUGGAACUUCAGCUAUUAAUGUACAAACUAAACAAACCAAAUAUUAACUUGAAUUUUUUCUUUUAUUCUUUAUAUCACGAUCCUCCGACUACCGGCGCGGCGGCGCCUAGUGUUAAGAGACCUCUGUCUUAACUCUUAAAGCUUCCUGGUUUCAACUUUCAGCUAAUAUAACGGUAACGCCUUCAUUUCUCCCCAAGAUUCUUCGUAGUCUGCCCAAAUUUGAUUCAGUAGCUUUUAAAUCAAAUUAAAUACUUCCAUAGCUUUUGUUGAUCAUGUUCUUUUCCCCCAAAUCCCUUGUUUGAUCGUAGUAUAGCUUGGGUCCAUAAACUGUUCGACGAGAUGCCCAAGUGGAAUUUAGUUGAAUUUAUGUUGCAGGAAUCUCAAGGUCUUCUUCUCAGCAUAUAGUGUGGGGCUGUGGGCAUGGACGUGGCACAUUGCUAUCUGGAUGGCAACGCUGACGCCGUGGAGUUUUGUCCGCACGAUUCAUUCCACCAUGUUCUCGCUGCUUCGACGUAUACGCUGCAAGAGGGUGCUCAGCCCAGUCGAUCCGGAAGCAUAUCACUCUUCAAUGUGGAUGCUGACAAUAUGGAUCGCCUUGAAUUGUUUCAUCGGGUGGAGACAGCAGGUAUCUUUGAUAUAAAGUGGAACCCAGUUGGUGUUAAUGGAGGCCCUGUGCUUGCUCAAGCUGAUGCUGAUGGUUACUUGAGACUUCAUAGCCUAGAAUGCACCGUCGGACAGGCUGCUGUUGGGGGAUUCUUGAAAGAGAUCAAUGCUCAAAAGGUUAGUUCCUCUAUGUGCCUUUGCCUGGACUGGGACCCCUCAGCCACAUCAAUCUCAGUGGGGCAUUCAGAUGGUUCUAUCUCAAUCAUCUCCAUGACAGAGUCGCAGCUAUCUACACUGCAAGAAUGGAAAGCACAUGAAUUUGAGCUUUGGGCUACUUCUUUUGAUAUCCACCAACCACAACUGGUGUACACUGGCUCAGAUGACUGCAAAUUCAGUUGUUGGGAUUUGCGGGAUAGUCCUUGGAAGUUGGCAUUUCAAAAUAUGAGGGUUCACAAGAUGGGUGUCUGUUGCAUUGCAAAGAGCCCCAAUGACCCGAAUAACAUAAUGACAGGUAGCUAUGAUGAAUAUCUUAGGGUGUGGGAUGUAAGAUCAAUCUCAAAGCCUGUAAAUGAAACUUCAAUUUGCUUAGGGGGAGGUGUUUGGAGAAUUAAGCACCAUCCAGUUUUACAAGAGCUUGUUCUGGCGGCUUGCAUGCACAAUGGUUUUGCUCUGGUCAGCUUCAAAGGGGAGAAAGCUGAGGUGAUUGAAACUUACACAAAGCAUGAUUCACUUGCAUAUGGAGCAGAUUGGAAGAGGCAGGGCCAGAGAGACAAAAGAAAUAGUCCAGUGAUCGCUACUUGCUCCUUCUAUGACCGGCUGGUUCAGAUAUGGAUGCCAGAAAGUGAUACCCUACAUGAUUUGGUGUGUUGAGUACAUUUCUGGGACUGAGAUGGGGAUACAUUUAUGUUGAUUGGGAAACCUCCAUCCAUACUUUUUUGGGUAUGUAUUUGCCAUUGUUCAUGCUUUCACUUUCUUUGUCAAUAACGAGCCUUCUUGAACUGGUUGUGUCAUUUUUAGAUAAUUGAGCUUAGGACCACUAUUUAAAUUAGAGCUCAUGUGGCCCAUUUAAAACAAAAAACAUGAAAUACCAUACUUCUAGGGUUUGCUUUUUUGUGUA